AAUAAGAAGAAAAUGCUCUUAGUCGGCAAACAAGUCAAAAAGGACAUAUUCUCUUUCGUGGUUGUAUAACAGCAGCCAGUCCAGUAACACAGCGACGCUCCCCGGAUGUCUUUUUUCGCUUUUUCAGUGUGCCUGGAUUUGGCCGACACUCCCUAAACUUUCUGAUGAAAUAUCUCUCACGACAGACGGAAACGACUCUUGCGGUGAAACUUUGCUCUGGACGAAAACUCUAGUCGGUAUUUUACAGAAUAAGGAGUAUUGUUUCGUUGACGACACAAAAAGCUAACAACUCGUUUUGGUGGCGAGGGUUUUUUUUUUUUUUGGAGUGAAUCAUCGAAGCUCGGUGGCUCGGCCGUUGCUAGCUGCUAAGCUAACCUGCUCGCCUUCCGUCUGAUAGCAAAAUAUCGCCAUGGCUCGAUUUUUGUCUUCAAAAUCUGGUGUGCUCCGUUUAUCUACUAUGUCCGGUUCUCCCAACGCCUUCUCCAAGUUGCCGGCUAGAAAGAGGUCCAACCAUCGCUCUCCACGAACCGCGGCGGAGCUCAACUGGGAAAACGACGACAUUUCUUGGGUUCCUCUCUGUUCCAACGGCCCCUGCAUUGUCCAGUCCGUGUAAGAAGCAUGUGUCCGGAGACAUUUGACAUCGUUUUGGUCAUAUCGCUGCUGCUUUCGCAUGACAGCUGUCACAUUCGUUGAUAACCCACGAAAGCUCACGUUUUCUUGAAAAUUACCGAAAAUUCAGUGUUGUGUUUUGGCACCUUGUAGUUUGUAGAAUAUGUUUGGAAACAGGAGUACCGAGGGACAGUUACCGUGCGGGAAGAGCCUGCCCUCUUCUGCCGGCCUCACCGUCGCCUCUCCGGGCCUCGACAGUCAGGAAAGUUCGUGGAUCGGCCUGUUCUCCGUGUGGUCCAGGCCAGCGAUGUCAUUUUUGCACAAAUACAUGCCGGGCCUCGCCCGAACCCCCUUUUUGGCAGACGGCGGAGAUAUGAACAAUAGUCUGGUUAAUGAGCAAGGAGAGUUUUUACGACACCUGGACGUCAUGAUGCCGCUCAGUCAGAACGCAGCUUGUCCUGCUGGUCUCCAGGAGCCAAGGACGGAUACAACUUUGUCCUGGCUGAGCACCGACUCACUUCAAGAAGUCGGCAUUCAAUCUGAAGCCUCAUAUUGGUCUUCUUCCUGGCCCAGUCAGGACAUGCAACCCGGAGCAGGGACGGACUGUAUGAGGAGCAAGAGUUGGUUGAGCAGCUUCUUUGGAGGGGACGUUGCCCACACCGUGUUGUUGGCGUCCAACAACAGAACCAUGCUGGACACAAAAGAAUCACACGGUGUGUUGUCGCUCAGCGAACACGCUGGACUUUAUGGGGAGGAAGCCGCUAACAAUGACAGAAACUGUACCGCUGCAGGCCACCAAGUCAACAUCGGUGCCGCUUGCUCGGCGGUGAGCCUGCUGACUCGGGAUCAGGAUAAUGGCUACUCCAGCUUGGAGGAGGAGCAAGCGCACAUUUGUCACUUGUUGACCACGCAGGCACCGGCAGGACCCUCUGAUACGACGGAGGAGGCGGAGUCUGAGGGACGCGAGACACAGGGUGAGAACGAAGAAAGCGCGACCGCCGUGGCGUCCCCCCAUUGCCAAAACAAGAGCAUCGCCUUCAUCAUGGGUUGCCCCUGCAGUGACGACGACGACGACAGCAGCAGCCAAUCGGAGGACGACGACGACGACGGCUUUGACAGCGAGGGAUCGUCUUUCUUUUCUGACACCACCGACGAAGACGACGAAGCUUCAGACUCAGACGGCCCACUCGAUCCGGAGGCGGAGCGUCUCCUCACUUCCUUGUGUCCGAAUCGUGACCCCUACAAUCUCCGAAACUUCACCGCCGCCCUGCACACGGGCAGCACGCCGGCGCGCUCCAUCCCCGUCACUUCGCCUCCUUCCUCCACUCAGUGUACGCCGGCCUCCUCCCCUGAUGUCAGCCCUCUCGCCAUUCUCCCCCUGACAUCCUCGCCUCCCUCUGGACAGGACACGUGGGAUGACUCGACGUCGGCCAGCGAGGUGGACGAGGCAGAAAGCCUCCGCCUGCUCAGCUCCUUCGCCUCGUCGGACCCCUACAGCCUUUUCAACUUUCAGGCCCCACUUGGAAGGCCAGCUUCUGCACAAGUUGCAUCCCCGGCCAGGACACCCCCAAAGGCCCCCAGUCGGCCCCCACGGUCCAAGGCGCCAUUGCGGUCUGCGUACAGGAAAAAGGACGUGGAAAAAACAGACAAUAGUGUCUCAGAACUGUCCACCUGUUUUGUUUCAUCACUCAGAACUUCCAAAAAGGUGCGCUUCUCUGAUCGCGUGGAGGAGUUCUUCGCCAACUGCGGCGAGGAGGAAGAGGACCGCAAGGGACCAUGGGAGGAGCUGGCCCGGGACCGCUGCCGCUUCCUGCGGCGCUGUCAGGAGGUGGAGCUUAGCAUCGCCUACUGCCUGCAGCCGCAGCACCGCCGCCUGGUUUAUCGCCGCCUCACCGCCCAGGACGCAUGAGAGGACCGCACAGGGCUCACGUUUUAUUUGCCUGUUCUUAUUUAACUUUGCAUGUGUCUGCAACUUGGCACCUUGGCGAGUAAAAUCCACCCCCACCUUUGAGGACCCGUUUGAGGAUAAUUUCUCAUUGACAAGCUUCAA